AUGGCAACAAUGGACUAUAAGGACCCGAUUCUUUCGCAUUUCCAGGAUAAGAAGGUGGUUAAUGUAUCUAAGUUAUCACAACUAAUAGACGCGCAGAAAGGGUUAGAUUAUAAGGAGAAAGGGAAGGGGGAGAGUAUGGGGAAUGGUGGGGGGGAAGAGGUGUUUCGACAGUGUGAGACGACGCUUUCUUUGUAUACCGAUCUAAUCAAACUGAAAGUGAUUUUGAAGAAGACUUGGGAUUUGCAGACGUUAGAUAAGUCUGUUAUGGUGCGUUUUGGUAUCCAAGCUAUUAAUGCUACGUGCGAGCCAAGGGACAUUAUUAAUUCGACGGAGGAAUUUUACAAAGAUAUUGCUUUUAAGACGAUUGCAAAAUGUGAUAGGAUUUCAAAGGCUUUGGAACAAUUGACUGCAGAUUCGGAUGACACAUUGCGGGUGAUUAAAGAUGUUAUGAAAGGUCAGAUACGCCAGUGCUAUAUGCAGGAUUCUCUGUGUUUGUUAUUGGAAAUGUGGUUCUUGUGCGGAAAUGUGUUGCGCGAAUUAAAGCGGAAUGUGGCAUCCUUCUUUAUGAAGGCCAAGUUACUGUUGAUCGACUAUGAGUUAGAAUGUAUUCAAUUCUCUAUUACUGGAGACGAUAGCCAAAAGGAACAGUACCAUGCACUAUCUGACACCCUAAAAUCGUAUAAAUCCUUUAUCCAGGUGCUUCUUCAGCAGUUGCAAGACGCAGAGUCAACUUCAGACCAAUCUUUGUUCGAAGACUGCCUCGGAGUCUUUCUAGAUGUGGAAAGUAUGUACCAGUCUCUAAAUAUGAGUUGGCUGUUAAACGAAAAUAGACUAUUGAAGGAAGACAUGGAUGAGUAUGAAAAAGGGCAAUUUGAGCUGGAAGAGCGCUACCAUGCAGAAAAGGCAGGUCAAUUGGUGGAUCAAAUUGUGAAUAAUGAUAUGUUUGAGGAAACUAGUAUUUCUAGUUCAACUCAAUUAGAUUCAUCGGAAGUUACAGCGGUGCCCAGUGUUGACGAUAAAAAAGCUUCAGUGGUCGAUAACUUGGCCCCACCUAUGGUCGCAAUAAGAUCUUCAGAACACUCUGAGCUAUCCGUUAACAUGGAAGACACUUCAAUAUCGAAGGAACUCCCAAACUUACUAAAAGCAUUUAAUAACGCGAAACGACUUGAAAUGGAAAUAGAAAGUGUACGGAUGAGUCCCGAAGCCAAUACUCCGUUAGGUACACCAGGUUCGCCUGUUUUGUCAGAGUCUAUGAUGAAUUAUAGUACCCCUAAUUUGCGUAAGCCUUCUAUUUCAGGAACAUUUUCAACUUCGACAUCUCCCGGAUUAAGUCCAUAUGGGAAUUCUACUUUAAAUGCCCCUACAUCACAACUGGAUGCUCUUUCUGGCAGCAGCAUCAUGGUUAAUGCACCUAAAUUGAAUAAUAAGAGUCCAAACCUUACAAGCAGUUCAAUUUUAGAAAAUCUAGUUCACAAAAGCCAGCAUUGUAACAAUUUAGAGAAUACCACUGCAACGACGAAGAUUAGAGAAGAAAUGUUAAAAGUUAUGCUCUCCAAUAACGCUCUAAAAUAUGCUAAUCAACAGAAACACAUUCACGGGUUUGGGAGUAAUGUGUUGAACAAUUUGUAUGGGAUUGGAUCUCGUAAAUGA